UAGAGAAUGAGAGGGAGAUAGAGAGAGAGGACAUCCUAAUGCGACAGGGGCUGCAGCUUGACUAAAUUGAGUAGCGCAGAAGGGGGGAGACAGGAAACAGAGCGUGAGCGACGACAAACGGAGAUAGAGAGAGGGGGGAGAGAGAGAGCGAGGUAGAGAGAGAGGGAGGGACAACAAAGAUCUGUCAGAUGAGGCUAGAGAUGCUUCUAUUAUCUGAAAAUCCCGUGUGGUCUCCUUUAUUACAGGGCGUUCUGAGCGGGCUGCAUCAGUGUGUCUCUUGCGCAUGAUCAGCCGUCUACACAUCCCUUCUGGCCGGAGUGAACCCACAUCUCAGCAUCUCUCCGCCAGCAGAGAGAAAGAAAUAAAAACGCUCGCUCUCCUCCGCUAAUUGAGGCACUGAUAAGCCACUUCUAAUUUCCUCCUGGUGUGGUGCAGAUCUGGUUCUGAUCCUGUUCGGUCCAGUUCUGAUCAGAGUGUGAAAAUGGGGCUUUUGCUGUUUCUGUUGAGCCUCAGCUCCUUAGCUCUGAGCUACGCUGUCGGCGGGGACGUGUGCAUAACGGGUCAUGACAGUGGACCAGUGUUUGAAGAGCAGCCCAGCAGUGUGGUCUACCCAGAGGGACUCAGUGAGGGCAAAGUCACUCUCAACUGCCAGGCUAGAGCCAGUCCCGCUGCUACGUACAGCUGGCGCGUCAAUGGUACAGACGUCCCUGUAGGUGACCCCCGGUACACGCUGGUAGCCGGUAACCUGGUGAUCAGCGGUCCCCAGUUCGGCCGUGAUGGAGGCUCCUACCAGUGUCUGGCCAUCAACCGCUGUGGCACCAUACUCAGCCGGGCCGCCAACCUCAAAUUCGGCUACCUCCAUGACUUCCCUGGGGAAGGGAGGAGCCCACAGACGGCUUACGAGGGAGCAGGUGCCUUCCUGGCCUGCCAGCCCCCCGCCCACUACCCAGCUCUUUCCUACCGCUGGUUCGUUAGCGAGUUUCCUAGCUUCAUGAAGCCUGACGGGGGUCGGUGGUUCGUUUCCCAGGUAACGGGCAACUUGUACCUGGCCAAGGCGGAGCCUAACGAUACAGCAAGUUACUUCUGCUUCACCACCAUCAACAUGGACAUUAGCACCAAGAGUACCUUCAGCAAGGCUAACCAGCUCACCGUGCAGCCAGAUGCCAACGCCAGGAAGUCAGCUCCUGCUAUCAAAGUGGGUUUCCCAGCAGAGACGUAUGCCCUGACAGGACACACCACCCAGCUUGAAUGCUUCGCCUACGGAAAUCCCGUCCCAAAGCUCCGUUGGAGGAAGGUGGAUGGUCUGUUGCCGUCUAAGGCCGGGGCUAGUGCAGAGGGACCUAUCCUCACACUGCCUGAGAUGACCUUCCAUGAAGAGGGGGUGUAUGAGUGUGAGGCCUACAACUCUGAGGGCCGCGACACACAACAAGGACGCAUCACUGUGCAAGCACAGCCAGAAUGGCUGCAGGUGAUGAGUGACUCUGAGGUGGAGAUCAGCUCUGAGCUGCACUGGACUUGUGUUGCAGCAGGCAAACCAAGACCCUCCAUACGCUGGCUACGCAAUGGACAGCCCCUCAGCACACAGGACCGGGUGGAGGUCAAUGGGGGUCGUCUGAAGGUCAUCAACCUGGCCCUGGAGGAUUCUGGGAUGUAUCAGUGUGUGGCUGAGAACAAACACGGCACCAUCUACUCCAACGCCGAGCUGAGGGUGCAAGUCCAAGUCCCAGACUUCCGCUCCAACCCGGUGAGGAGGCUGGUCCCAGCAGCUCGAGGAGGGCAGGUGAUGAUGGAGUGUCGGCCGCGAGCCGCCCCCAAACCCACCCUGUUCUGGAGCCGCGGUACUGAGCUCCUUACCAACAGCAGCAGGGUGACAGUGACUCCAGACGGGAUGCUGCGGAUCCACAACAUCAGCAGGGCCGAUGAGGGGAAGUACACCUGCUUUGCUGAGAACUACCUGGGCAAGGCCAACAGCACUGGACACCUGUCUGUUAGAGAUGCCACUAAGAUCACCUUGGCUCCCUCUAACGCUGACAUCAACCAGGGAGAGAACGUCACGCUGCAGUGUCACGCUUCACAUGACCCCACCAUGGACCUCACCUUCACCUGGGCUCUCAACGGAGCUCUGCUAGACCUGGAGGACCCCGGCGGACCGUACCACCGCGUGGAGGGGAAGGAGACCAUAGGUGACCUGUUGAUAGUGAGUGGUCAGCUGAGUCAGGCAGGUACAUACAGCUGUACAGCUCAGACCGUGGUGGACAGCGCCUCAGCCUCCGCUAAACUGGUGGUCAGAGGUCCCCCGGGACCUCCCGGUGGUUUGGUGGUGAAGAACGUUGCCGCGACGUCGGUGGAGUUGCGGUGGAGUCGUGGCUAUGACAACCACAGCCCCAUCGGGAAAUAUGUUAUCAUGGGUCACUCUCCACUGUCUCCUGGUUGGAAGAGGAUGAGGACAGACCCAUCUAACAUUGAAGGCAAUGCUGAGUCGAUUCGCGUGGUUGGCCUGUUGCCAUGGAUGGACUAUGAGUUCCAGGUCAUCGCCAGUAACAUCCUGGGCAGUGGAGAACCUAGUAUGUCCUCUCACACCAUACGCACCCAGCAAGCAGCUCCCACAGUGGCCCCUAGUGGACUAGGUGGAGGAGGAGGAGACCGCAACGAACUCAUCAUCACCUGGACGCCCAUGGCCAGAGAGUACCAGAACGGAGAUGGCUUCGGCUACAUCCUGGCAUUCCGGAAGCAGAACUCGCCGACGUGGGUGGUGGAGCGUGUUUCCAACGUGGAGUCGUCUCGCUACGUUUAUUCCAACCAGAGCCUGUCUCCCUACUGCCUCUUUGAGGUGAAGAUCAAAGCCUACAACCGUAAAGGAGAGGGUCCCUUCAGCCAGAUCGCUGUGGUGCACUCUGCAGAAGAGGAGCCCACGGUGGCGCCCUCGAGGAUCAAUGCCACGGCUCUGACAGCGUUCGAGAUGCAGGUAUCGUGGGACCCCAUCCAACAUCUCAGCACCAACGGUAUCCUGCAAGGAUACGAGAUCCGGUACUGGCGUCAGCAUGAGCGGGAGGCGUCUGCAGACCGUGUGCGUACAGCUGGGCUUGAGACCACGGCUCGCGUGGUGGGACUGAGACCCAGCACCCGGUACCAUGUUACCGUAAUGGCCUACAACAGCGCUGGCACUGGACCAGCCUCACCCAGAACCACUGUCACUACCAGGAGACCACCUCCUAAUCGUCCCCCUGGCAACGUGUCCUGGAAGACUGAUGGCUCAUGGGUAACUGUUAGAUGGGAUCACGUCAAGACCCUAGACAACGAAUCAGCCGUACUGGGUUACAAGGUCCUGUACAAGCACGAGGGCCAGUCUGCUCUGAAGGUUCUGGACAAGGGGAAGACGUCUGUGACCCUGCCCCUACCCAAAGACAAUGGCUACGUGGUCCUGGAGAUACGCUCCUGGGGGGAGGGUGGCGACGGAGCCGCACAAGAGACCAUCGUCUCCCGAGACUCAGGAACUGGAAUGAUGGUGCAGAACCAGGCGGGAUCCCCAUGGUCCAAUCAUGCUCCUCUCCUGCUCACCGCCACACUCUCCAUCACUCUCAUUGGCUUACUGGACCUGUGAUCUACAACAAUCCCUGGACAUUAUGUUUCAUGGUCUAAGCCAAUUGGUCAAAUUCACCUAUCUGGAGUUUUGUUGGGGUGGGGUUAAGGGAUGAAUUCAAAUAGGUAGGGAGGGAUGUGUGGGGUAAUAUUUUGAAGCAAGGGGGAUGGUGGGAGUUGUCAAAAUGACUAAUGGUUAUUUUAUUCUUCUUUUUAUAAAAAAAAUCAGAGGGUAAUUUUUUUAUGUGUGGGUCUGUGGGGUUUCAAGUGGGUCAGACUACCUGAUUGUCAGUUACAUUGGUGUCGUUAGAACCAUGCCUUAUGGGGAUAAGAGAGGCCUUUGUGCUUCACAGCAAUCGGUCACUCUCUCCGUGUCUCCUGGCUUUCCCUACUCUGCUAUAAACCCAAGGCUCACUGGCGUAUGUCACCCAAAUCAGCCUGUGUAUGUAGAGCAUCAUGUGUACAUACCAUAGAGAAUGAAAGAGGACUCUAGUGCCCAAAAGCACGUUUUAGCAUGCGCUGCGCAAUUGAGGACUUUCACCAUUCUGAAGUUGUCAAAUGGGUGGGACAUCCUAUGGGUUAAGGAAGGAUCACAUAAUUCCAUCCAGGUCCUCAGGAGGGAUCAGCCAAUGAAUUAUACUUGUGAUCAAACAUUCCGUAACUGCAGGUGGCAGUAAAUCGCCAACCUUCACUUUAUACCUGUUUAAACAACACACUACCAGGUGGCAGUAUGCACCCUUUCAGUUUUUUUACCAACUCAUAGAAGUAGUAGUAGAAGAAAAUGUACUACUUCAAAAUGGAGAUGGUCUCAAUGGCGCUGCCCGUGCGCUCACAGACGCCAUAAUGGGACAGGUACAAUGAUGAGUCCUCUAUAAUUAUCUAUGGUACAUACAUACAGAACAGUAGAUAACAUCUCUGGUUCCCUCAGACACUGACCAACUCAAAUGUUUGUAUCUAGAAUAAGAUGAAGGGGGAUAAAACAGUGAUGUCAUAAACCUCAUGAUUUUUGAGAAAGUCUUCUUCAAAUGGAACUCACUGUAAAUAGAACGCUAACUUAGCCUACUGGUCUUUCUUAUGACACAGUCUCUGUUUAAAAUGGUCCUUUUUCUCUUUGGAUUUUCUGCCUGUGUAUUUGUUUGGUUGCUUUAUUAUUUGUUUGCUAUGGCAGCAUCAGGAUGAAUAACUUCAAUGGUCCAAAUGAAUGUUUAACUUUUUUAUUGUUUAUGUUUAGAUGAGAGAACUGAACUUGAUAAAGAGCUUCAUCAGUUCUUUCAACAGCAAAAAAACGAUGAAAGUGUGAUCACCAAAGUACAGAGUUAUCGUUAGUAUUAUUAUUAAUGCCACCAUUAUUCUAUCACCCUCUAUCUACUAACUUUUAUGUAACAUGUCCUGUUGUUCAUUAACUGUUAAUCAUGCAACACACCUGCCAUAAAUACUGUUUGUCUGAGAAGGGUUCACAGCAAGGAUACGACAUCUAAGGAACAUACCUUAUAUGCUAGUUAAUCAUGAAGCCCCUGUGAUAUUGAUUUGGGUGUAAAGCAAAGAGAACUCCCGCAAGCUGUUUAAAUGUUCCCGAUGUUUCCAGAGUUACAAUAGCAACAUGUCAACCACUGUCUUUGUCAAGUGUUAUGCCACUGUACAUUAAAACCGUGGCAGCUUUUGAACAGUGGGUCUUCUCCUAUAUUUUCCCAUCUGAUAACUCCUGCACCUAGAAAGUCUGUGGAAUGUAUGUUCAGUACAAUACCUUGAACUAUUGAUUUUGGGCGUAGCCAAGAAGUCAAUGGUAAACUGCUGUAUCAACACAGUGUAUCUGUUCUCAAUAUAACUACUGUUAGACACAUCUUAACGUGAAACAAGUUGGCAACUACUGUAUGUUGUCUGUUGUUGUUUUAUUCCAUUUCUGUUGGUCUGAACCAUCUAAAGGCAGGUUGGCCAGUAGCAGUACAUUUGUGCUGCUACAUGUUGUUCUAUGCAGUAGAACAGUUCUAUGUACCUAGAAGCUCUGUGACACUCCAGGGUUUGUUAGUCAUCACUCAUUGUAAUUGUAAUUCUAUGAUUUCAAAACAUCUCAGGAGUGUAGGAAUCAAACAAUACCUUAUGGUUUGCAAGGGGUCUUUUUUUGUUAUUUGUAAAAGUUUGGGAGUUGAAAACGGUUUGUUGAGCAAGUGAUUGGAUGAUGGACCACUUGUUUUUUCCAGUGCUGUUUGCUAGCUACAUCUCACAUUUUAGGGCCAAAGCUAUAUAGAAGUUAUUGUUUGUUUGAAACAGACAUCGACUGAUUGUCAACAUUAGAAUGAGCGAGAUACAAACACACUGGAUAUGAAACAUUUUGAUGACAAUCUGUUAGUACAGCAACAACGCCACUAUACCCAGAGUUCCCAGUUUUGACAGUCAUGUUGUUUUCAUAAUACAUUGAUGUAUUCAACACCUGUCAGUUUUGAUGUUUCAGACUCAUAGUGUUAUUUUGAUUCCAGUGUGUGAAGCCACCCAAUCCUGUGCCUGACAGUGUUCAGGUCAUUUUCUAUUGGAUCGGGAGUGUUGCGUUUUAUAAACUGUUUUGGUAUGUUGAUCACUGUACCUUAAAAUAAAGAGGGCAGCUAAAAAAGAAAAGACGGGAAUGUCCAUACGUCUUAUAGUAAUGACUUAUUGAGGAAACACAAACUCUCACUUUGAAGUUGAAGACAAUGAAUGCAUGGUAAUACUGUCGUUAAAACUGCAGAACAAGGGCAUCAACUUGACUCUCUUUCAACAUGCCGGUCAAGCUAUAGUCAAACAUGUUGUUGAUGAUAUAUCUCAUUUAGCAGCUUCUGCAGGGUCAAACAGUUACUAAGGCCUGAUAUGCUGAAAGCCACUGGACCACUCAGCUCUGUACACUGUAUCACAUCUAGCUGUUCAAUAAUGUUUAAGAUAAACUGAUACAGCCACCAACUGGGAAAGCAGCCUGUGUUCCCGUAAGCACAGGACAGAAGUCAUGGUAAAGACAUAGACUGAUUAUACAAAACAUUAGGAACACCUUCCUAAUAUUGAGUUUUACCCUCUUUUGCCCUCAGAAUAUCCUCAAGUCGUUGGGGCAUGGACUCUACAAGGUGUUGAAAGCGUUCCACAGGGAUGCAUGCUGACCCAUGUUGAUUCCAAUGCUUCCCACAGUUGUGUCUAGUUGGCUGGGUACUCUUUAGGUGGUGGACCAUUCUUGAUACACACGGGAAACUGUUGAGUGUGAAAAGCCCAGCAGUGUUUCAGUUCUUGACACACUCAAACCUGUGCGCCUGGCACCUACUACUAUACCCCGUUCAAAGGCACUUAAAUCUUUGGUCUUUCCCAUUCACCAUCUGAAUGGCACACAUACACAAUCCAUUGUCUCAAGGCUUAAACAUCCUUGUUUAACCUGUCUCCUUCCCCUUCAUCUACACUGAUGGAAGUGGAUUUAACAAGUGACAUCAAUAAGGGAUCAUAGCUUUCACAUGGAUUCACCCGGUCAGUCUGGAAAGAGCAGAUAUUCCUAAUGUUUUGUACACUCAGUGUAUUUGUACACUGGAUCUCACUUAUCAUCGGUCUGUAGAUACUGUACUGUACUGUACUGUGCUGUACUGCUAGAGUACAGUUGUUAGCACACACUUAGCUCACAACUCAGAGCCUACUGUUUGGUGGGUAGUGUUGUUCCUUCUUCACCCAGCACUGGAAUAGGUCUGAGAAGACGCACAAGUACACGUGAUCUGCCCUUGCUUAUUCUAACCCAAUGGGGAAGGUUGCCUCAGCCAUGGAAUGUUGUUGCCCUUUUGGUUAUGUACUUAAUGCUAGCUUAUUAAUUUGUGUAUGUGUGUGUGUGUGUGUAAAUGUUUUUGUUAACGCAACGCUUUUCUUAUUUAAAGUUACCAUCAGAUAUCUCUAUAAUACUAAGGUGACGUCAUGUCCAAAAACUAUUCUCGGAAUGUUGUGUCAACUUCAGGAAGUCUGAUUGGGCGGUUCAUCUCACACUUCGUGGUGGAAGCUAUGAUGGUGCUCGAAGUAGAUGUUGCCCAUAACCACAGAUCUAGGAUCAGUUACUCUCCCCCUAAUACUAACCUGAAGCAUUCGGGGGGUGAAAACACUGUCCCUGUAUCAGUGGUUAAAAGGGCAACCUCUCUGCUAGGAUGUGUUUGUCUGUCAGCUGGCUGGGCUGAAAUGUUGAUAUGUUAUGAUACCGUUUGGCCAAUCUAAAUCUGUGAUUGAAUGGGAAUGUGAAGGGGGGAUGUCACUUGUAAAUAUGACUAAAUAAACACCUUGGGGUUGUAUUUAAAA